CACGUGGCGGGGAGGCUGGGCUGGGGUCAAGGGCCGGGGCAGAAACGCUGCACCCAGAGCUGGGUUCUCCCCCUGCAUGCAGGCACAGCCCCUGACGGGAGAGCCUUGGGCAGGCCACAGGGCUGCUGCUGCUUCUGUAGCUCCAGGGGCAGUGGCAUAGCCCUUGCUGCCUGCCAGCUGUCUGGGGCCCUGUCUUUCCUGCGCCCAGAACCCUGAGCAUCCUGUCCUCCCUCCAGCAACCAGUAGUUCCCUCCCUCCCUGCCCCACUCAAGGCCUUCUCUCCCUCCUCCUGCAGAUCAUGGAUGCAGAAGUAUUCCUCUUCGUGCUCUUGAAAAGUCUCAUCCUGUAUCCGCCACCCGUGGGGGACGGUUUGGAUGAGGAAACACAUCUGCGCAUGGAAGCGCGCGCAAUGCACCUGGAAUGGGAGAGGCUUCGGCUGGAGCAGGAGGUGGAGCAGCUCUCCCAGGAGAAGGUGCAGGUCUUGCAGCUCUUAGCUCUUGCUGUGCUCCUGGUCCUUCUCUUGGUCCUGUGGUUGAUUGGGUGGAAAAGCAGCCUGAGGAGAGAGGAGAAUGAAGAAGAAAACCAUGGUGUAAAUGAAGAGGAAGUUGGUAAUGUUGCUGCAAAUGAAGACGACAAUGUGGGAAAUGAAGUUGUCAAUGAGGCUGCAAUUGCAGAAAACAACAAUGAUGUUGCAAAUGUAGUCCAAGAAGAAGACAGCGAUUUUGACGAUGGUGCUGGACGAAUUAUAAUGGAGCGCACACGGUGGAUUGUACAGGACCUACGGGCAGGCUGCGAGCGGACAUCUGACCUGGAAAAUUAUAAGAUUUAUGUUGGACAUGUCCUGUCCAACAGUUCCUACCCAGUCCUGCAACGAGCCAUCGGGGUGGGCAGUGCCUUUGAAGGUUGGAGUCCCCGUGAGGAGGAUGUCGUGCACCGCGUGCUCAUCCCCAUGACUCCUCCCCGAGGCCACAGCUUCCACCUGGAGCUGGACAGUGCAGGGCUGGGGCACGUGAGGAACUUCCGUGUCCGCGUGCAGCUGGAGUGCACCUGAACGAGGCAGCAGCAGGAUGAGAACAUGUUGUGCUUCCUGCACCACCCCGAGGAGGAGCUGAGGAGGAAUCAGGGUCUCAGCCUCCUAGACACCCAGUGCGACGGCUCCUACCUGGACGUGCAGAAAACUGCCCGCUGGUUCCGGCAACUGGUGAAAGCAAUCUGGCCAGCUUUGCCUCAGGCACACAACUGGCAUUUAAUGCUGCUGCCCUCCACACGCUCCUGCCAAUUCAAAGUGAGCAACGGAGAAGCAAGCUUCAGGAUUGAGAUGCUGUUUGGCGUGCGGAGAGGUGACUCAGACGUCUUUGUGAGCAGCCAGCCAGGAUGUGCUGGAACCCCAAGCACUCUGUGGCCUGAGACCUAUGAUGUGGCAGAGAUGAAGUUCUUCAAGCACAUUGCCAGGCAGGCCCCCUUUGACAGCUUGCACCUGAGAUGCCUGCAGCUCUUCUGCCAUCUUCUGCUGGGCAUAGACUUUUCCACCUACACCAUGAAGACCAUUGUCAUGCACCUCCUGAACACCGUUCCUGCGUCUCAGUGGCGCAGGAGACAUUUCCCGAGGCGACUGAAGGAUAUCAGCGAGAGACUGCUCCUAUCCCUGGAAGCGAAAUGCCUCAACCACUUCAUUGUGGGUAACCAGAGGCUUCCUCAGGACAUCAAGUUGCCCCCUGAUGUUCAAAUGGCUGAGCCACCCAACCUCUUCUAUCGCCUAGCGGUGGAUCCGGAUGCCCACUCGCAGGGGCUAAGCGAGUACCUGGAUCUGCAACGUCGGCUUUCAGCGAUCCUGAAGCCUGACGAUUGAAAGAGAUUCUCCUGCACAGAGCUGUGCUUGUGCUGCCCGGAGCUGGCAGCAGAGAUCCACCUCUUAGCACAAAUUUGGUGCUUUAAGCAGAAGAGGAUUCGUGCAAAGGCUUUGGCAAAGGUCUCACAGCCUCUCCUGCUCCCUCAGCGGGUGGAGGUCCAUAGGAGGGUUUAUUCUACCUCCUUGUAUCAUUUCAUUUUCUAUAAAAAGGGCCCAGAUGGCAUUGAGCCCUGCUUACCUAUGAACUCUCCCACGCCUGAAAAAACACAUGAAGAGAGCACGUGCUGUACGUGAAGGGUCAAAGUUACCAAACCCCGGCUGCAACAUGCAGCUCUUCCUGGCCUUUGAGAAGGACCAAACCUUAGAGCAUGAAAGAAGUGGGAAUCUGGGACAGAAAAAGAAAAAACAAACCGGGCAAAAAAGAGCAAGAGGAAAAAUCAGCACUGCUGGCCCGGGAUGAGUCAAUGGAUGGAGUCUCUCCUUGUCCCCGGAAGGGACACCUUUACGUCAGCAUUGGACAACCUGUGUUGGAGCUGACCUGAAAUUUUGUCUAU